AUGGAAUCUGAAGAGUGGAUCCUUGGUUCUCAAAAAUCAGGUCAAUCUCCCGUAAAUAUAGACGACAAAGCCGUUCUGCCUGCUAAAUUUCCACAAUUAAUUUUAACUGGACACUGGUUAAAUGAUGGUUAUGCCUGUAUGGUUAAUAAUGGAGAAACAGUGAAGAUAACAUUGACCGGCGACAGAAUUCCUUCAACAAUUAAAGGAGGACCUCUAUUAGACGAUAUUUAUGAAUUCGAAAAUGUUCAUUUUCAUUGGGGAGAAAAUAAUUGUCAAGGCUCCGAGCAUACACUCAAUGAUACUUGGUUUUCUAUGGAAGCCCACGCAGUUCACUGGAACAGAAAAUAUACGACAUUCGCUGAAUGUGUAAAACACAAAGAUGGAAUUUGUGUACUCGCAUUCCUAUUUCUGGCAACUGAUAAAAAUUGCUUGUGGAGUAAUUUUCAUUUGGAAGGAAUUACAGAUAAUUUGAAGUACAUUCACGAACCGGAAAUAAUAACUGAAAUACCAGCUAAUUGCCUGCACUGGAUGAAAAAUUGUUUGAAUGUUAAAAGUUAUUACACUUAUCGUGGAUCAUUGACAACAUAUCCUUACAACGAAUGUGUUACUUGGAUAAUAUUUCCAAAAUCGAUAAUGAUUUCUGCCAAACAGAUCGACGAAUUUCGUAAGUUGAAAAACAAUUGGAAUGAAGAAAUAAAAGAUAAUACAAGAAAAGUUCAAAUUUUACGAGGAAGGCGAAUUUUCUUCAGCUGUUAA